AUGGCGGCGGCCGCCAGGAAGGGUGGCCCUCCUUGUGUCCCCCUGUGUGAGCUACCCCUGUCGGAGAGGGCUCAGAUGAGACUGCAUCUCCCCGAGGUAGAUGUCCUGUGGCCGAUAAUCAACGAGGUCGAGAAGGCCUUCCGGGAGAUUGAACAUGAGGGCCACCAGCCCUCGUCGUCGCCUAUCGUUGCCCCAGACACCCACCGACCUGGCUGCGACCCCAACCCAUUAGGUCGGGGAAGCGACCCAUCUACUCGGGGUCUGGUGGCGAUUGUAGGUAGCAGCUCUACGAGCGGUGCUGGACAGCAGGAGGUCGAUCUGCAGCACCCCGACCCGACCCGCCAAGAUCUGGCACUCCGCGACCAGACUCGAACAUGCCAGAUGCAUGAUCGACGUUCCGGCAAACCUGACGACCAGACGGACUCGUCCGACACAUUCGCAGUGGCUUGGUCUGCCUCUUACCGGUCACUGGAGCCGGCGACCUUGUACGUGCUAAAGGGGGACUUCUUUACUAGGCCAAGCUUCACCAGGAUGACAAUUCAGAUCGAUGGCACGCUUGUUGCACCGUCACGCUACACCAACCGAGGUGGGGACGAAUGGAUCGUGUUAGACCACCCCGACGGCCUCACCGUGUCGGGCAGCCCCGUCGACGGCUGCAGCGGGCCGCUGUGGGCGUGCAAGGCAGCCAGGCACGGCGGUUGUCCCAGCGGAGCAACGUCCCUGACGGUGCUGAACUCGAGGGAUGUGGUGAUCAGUAGUAGCCAGAAGUAUGUCAAUAGCGAGUUGUACCACAUCGUGAUCGAUGCCUGUGAGGGCCUGACGGUGCAUGACGUUGAGAUCAUCACGCCGGGGAACAGCCCCAACACGGACGGGAUCCACGUGCAGGCCUCGUCCCAGGUCACGGUCACUCAGGCCAGCAUCCAGACCGGAGACCUUAAUACCAGUCAUUUUUGCUAA